AUGCCUGGUAAGAAAUCUUACAACUGUUGUAAUUGUCCACGCGUGGUACGACAGAAAGACAGAUACAGCAUUGCAAGAAAAUACAGAGUCGUUAUCUCCAAACUAUCUGGGAGAACACCAGGUGACGAUGACUUCCUAUGCAACAGAUGUAGGUGCAUGUGUGCACGUCACAUAAAACGCAAAGGUCAUAGCAUGGCGAGCACGACAGAUUGUCAAGGUGAAUCCGCACCAUCAACAUCAUCUACAACUUUAACACCUCAGUUCAGUCCACCAUCAGUAACUCUUCCUUUUCCUUGCACAUCAAGAGGACAUGCUGCAUGUUGCAUCUGCAAAAGGCCAGGACCAAAGCUAGUUGUGGUUCCAGUGGGAUUUCGUCAUCGAAUCUUUAUCACCAAAGAAGUCAUAAUUCCUGCUGGAGCUCGUUGCUGCCCAAAACACCUGCAGAGAGACAUUGAAAGUUUGAACCCAACAGCGAGAACAACAAAGUUCAAUAAAACUUCAAUAACUGAGCUGAUCAAGUUCUUAAGAACUGAGAUUAUACGAAGUGAGAAAGCAAGGCUAGAUUUUGACAGUGAAAAUCUUACAGACACUGAAUAUGUAGAUCUCCUGGGGAUAUCAAAAGCUUCUUUCAAUGACAUGAUGCUGUUUAUCGAGGGGAAAAUCAAAAUAACUCCUGCUAGAACUACCAGAACCAGCCUUGCAAUCUUUUUGCUAAAAUUGAGAGGAGGGGAGUCAAACAAGAUUUUGUCCACAUUGUUUAAUAUUUCCAAAUCCAGUAUACAAAGAAGUGUGCGAGCUGUCCGCAAUAUAUUGAUGACUGGAGGUUUUGUCACAGAAAACCUUGGAUUUGGUCACAUAACGCGAGAGGAGAUAAUCAAUAAGCAUACGCGACCCCUUGCCCAGACACUUUUUGGUGAUGACACAACUCAGCAAGCCAUACUUAUAUUGGAUGGGACGUACAUCUACAUCAACAAAAGUGGUAAUUUUAGAUUUCAACGUCAAUCCUACAGUCUCCACAAAGGCAGGCCACUUGUGAAACCUAUGGUCAUUGUGUCAUCGACAGGCUACUUUGUUUCUGUAUUAGGCCCUUAUAUUGCAAAAAACAAUGAUGCCUCCAUACUCAACCACAUUUUGAAAAGAAAUAUCGAUGACAUACAGGGAUGGGUUUGCGAGGAUGAUGUAUUUGUGGUGGACCGUGGUUUCAGAGACUCCUUGGAUUACUUGGAGGAACUAGGUAUCAAGGCACAGAUGCCAUCCUUUAUGGCUCAUGGAGACAGGCAGAUGUCAACUGAAAGUGCAAAUAUUAGUCGAUUAGUGACAAAGAUAAGAUGGGUGGUUGAGUCAGCGAAUGGUAGGAUAAAGCAAUGGCGUUACCUUGGGAAAAUCCUGCCAACGAGCCAGGUUCCGUACAUUGGAGAUUUUGUUAGGAUUGUUUGUGCCAUCAGUAACAGGUAUAUUAUAAUCAAUUCCAAUAACUUGCAAAUAAACAUGCAUCUCACAAUGAAAUCCUGUAAAGAGAUGAAAUUAAAAUGAAAUCAUAAUACCAUU